UUUGACUGUGGGCUAGCACACAGGGGCCCCAUGAUCCCCUAUUGCCUGGGGGCCCCAUGAGUUGUCAGUCCGCCCCUGGGCUCAGUAAAGCAUGCUAUACUCAUUGAUGAACCUAAGGGGUUAAUCCUCCGCUCCGCAUUGUGUAAAAUGGGCAGGUUGAUCCUGUCUUCUCUGAUCUUCCCCUUAUCCACAGUCCCCAAUCCAUCUGCUGAUAAUACAGAGCCCAAGGAGACACUCUGCACAUGCUCAGUUUGGUGUGUAUUGCUAGAGUUUUUUUUGGGGGGGGGAUGC